AUGCAGCACGUCAACUCUGGUGCUCCCGCGAAUGCCACGGCCACGCUCCACGAUGCCUUCACCCUCCUGGGCAUCCCAGGGCUGGAGUCCCUGCACCGGUGGCUCUCCAUCCCUUUCUGCUCCAUGUACCUGGUGGCUCUGCUGGGCAACGUGGGCCUCCUGCUCGUGAUCAAGACGGAGCCCAGCCUGCAUGAGCCCAUGUACCUCUUCCUGGGCAUGCUCUCCCUCACGGACCUGGUGCUCUCCUCCUCCGCCCUGCCCAAGCUCCUCGCCAUCCUCUGGUUUGGCAGGAAGGACAUCGGCUUCCACGCCUGCCUGGCCCAGAUGUUCUUCAUCCACUCCUUCACGGCCAUGGAGUCUGGCUUCUUCCUGGCCAUGGUGGUGGCUCGGGGGCUGGUGCUGUUCCUCCCACACCCGUUCCUGGUGGGGCGGCUGCCCUUCUGCAAGUCCAAGGUCAUCGUCCACAGCUACUGCGAGUUCAUGGCUCUGCUGAAACUGGCCUGUGCGGAUACGGCGGCCAGCGGGGGCUACAGCCUCACCUUGGCUUUCCUGAUUGGAGGCUUCGAUGUCUGCUUCAUCAGCCUCUCCUACGGCCUGAUCCUGCGCACCGUCUGCCACUUGCCCUCCAGAGAAGCUAGCUUCAAGGCCCUGGGCACCUGCAGCUCACACAUCUGUGUCAUACUCGUCUUCUACACAACGGCUGUCUUCUCCUUCCUCACCCUCCGCUUUGGCCACAACGUCCCCCAUUCUGUCCACAUCCUCAUUGCCAACGUCUACCUCGUGGUUCCUCCUACGCUGAACCCCGUCAUCUACGGCGUACGGACCAAGAGGAUCCGGGACAGGGUACUCAGACUCUUUUCUUUUAGGAAAAACCCGAUGCAGGAUGGGUGGUGCCUGGCUUAG